AUCUGCAUGGACGAAUUAUAAAAUUAGUACAAGUGACUAAAUAUUUGUUUUAAAUUAGCUCUCUAUUAUUUUCAAAUUUUCGAUCAAUUGGUUAUUUGUUCUAUCGGUUUGGUUAAUAAUCAAGUGAUAAUAUUUAAUGGGCGACUUUAAACCAUAAAUAUAUGAGGAUGGAAUUGAAUAAAGUUAUUUUAAAUGUCGGCGGUAUAAGACACGAAACUUAUAAGUCGACACUUAAAAAAAUACCAGCGACACGGCUGUCGCGUUUAACAGAAGCGCUUGUUAAUUAUGAUUCAAAUUUAAAUGAAUAUUUCUUCGACAGGCAUCCCGGUGUGUUUAAUCAAGUUCUUAAUUAUUAUCGUACCGGCAAGCUUCAUUAUCCCAGCGAUGUUUGCGGUCCAUUAUUUGAAGAAGAACUUGAAUUCUGGGGCCUUGACUCUAAUCAGGUCGAGCCAUGCUGCUGGAGUACCUACAGCACUUACAAAGACACAAAAGCGACCCUAGCGAUUCUCGACAAACUUGACGUCGAGGGUGUUAAACUGUCUGAUCAAGAAACAGCCCAUUUGUUCGGAUACGAGGAAGAAUACUUGCGUGGAACAUUAACACGGUGGCAACGACUUAAGCCGCGUAUUUGGGCGGUUGUAGAGGAACCUUAUUCAUCAAAAUUCGCAAAAUAUAUUGCCUGUUUGUCUAUUCUCUUUAUAUGUCUUUCAGUUUUAUCGUUUUGUCUGAAAACAAAUCACGUAAACGUUAAACAUUCACGAACUCAUACUGCUCGUAAAGUUUUUUAUUAUAUCGAACACAUUUGUAAUGCCUGGUUCGCUCUGGAAAUCGUCAUCAGGUGCCUGGUCAGUCCCAGCUUCAAACGUUUGGUAGCAUCGCCAGUGAAUGUAAUCGAUAUGGCAGCAACACUUAGCUUUUAUACAGAGCUCUUUAUGACCAAAUCAAAUAUCUACGUUGAGGUUUUGUCUAUUGUACGAGUUCUCAGGCUUUUUAAACUGACCAGACACUCUCCGGGUCUGAGGAUUCUCAUCCACACUUUUAAGGCCUCGGCAAAAGAAUUGGGCCUACUGGUUUUCUUCCUUGUACUUGGGAUCGUUGUGUUCGCGAGUCUCAUCUUCUAUGCAGAGCGAUUGCAGGAAAAUCCGGAGAAUGACUUUAAUAGUAUACCAGAGGGACUUUGGUGGGCACUAGUAACCAUGACGACAGUUGGUUACGGUGACAUGACACCCAAGACAUUUCCUGGGAUGUUCGUCGGCGGACUGUGUGCUCUAGCCGGGGUAUUGACUAUUGCUCUACCGGUACCCGUUAUCGUCAGCAAUUUUUCUAUGUUCUAUUCCCACAGUCAGGCACGCAGUAAAUUACCAAAGCAGAGACGUAAAAUUUUGCCCGCUGAAAUUCCACGUCGACGGAGUCAGAGAUUCAAUCAACAGAAAAUCCACGAGCAUUUGGAAACGUCUUUCGGUGACGGGACUGACCAGUCAAUCAUACCCGCGGCAAAUGAAGACGACGAUAAAUGUAAAGUCUAGUAGCAAAGAAAUGAUAAAUAUUUAAGUAUUUCAUACACCGGAUAUCAAAGUAUUUGAUACAAAAAGUAAGUGAUGUGUCUCUUUGCAGACAGCAUAAAAAUAAAAUUAAAAUAGAGACAAAGAUGGAGACGGAGACGGAGACGCAGAGACUGACGGGGAUGAAGAUGGAAAUGAGGAUGGAGAUGGAAAGGAAGAGAAAAACUACCCGAGGCAAAAAGAAUUGCUAAAGGAUUCAAUUGUUUCCCGAAGACAUUCUUCGUAUGAUAAAAAGAGUUAAACAAAAAUAUAAGAUAAAAAGAAAUAUAAGAGUUUAGUAAGAAAAAAAUAGCAGAGGAUAAAGAACAAGAAUUGACUGACAAAUUCCUGGUGGUAGAUUUCUGGGUCUUUACCCCGACGAUCCGACGGAUGCUCUGUUAACGCAAAAAGCCACGUAAAAAAGGUUUCACUCACUCUGUCACCCCCGUCUAUUUGCGGAUAAAAGAUCCUCGAGAUGUUUGCAACCCGAUAUCCUUUUUAGUUUUAGACCUUUUUUUUUUCAGGGAACUAUCUAUUUUAUCAUACUUCGAUUUUUUAUCUAUUGCAUUUUACUCCCGACAAGACAGAACACUUGCA